AUGGCAAUCCCAGCAGGAUUAGUGUUGUGUGGGGUGCUGGUGAUGACGUUGAUGUCAGCCCAACCGGCCCAGGCAGGUAAGAGCAACAAGGGAACGGAAUUCAUCCUUGGCUUCAUGGACAAUAGUGUGGCGCUGGAGGUGUUUGUGACCACAAUGGCCAACACACCGGCCUCUGUGACGGUCACCACGCCCCUGUAUGACCCCUCCUGGCAGGCCACGGCAACGGUUGCUAGGCAACAGGUGGAGCUAUUGCUGGUUCCCCUGGAACUGAGAGUAUCUGGCACCGGCAAGGAAAACAAAGGCAUUCACAUUGUGGCCAGCGAGGAGAUCACAGUGUAUUGUGUGAACAAAGAGAGGAUGUCCACAGACGCUUAUGUCGGUAUACCGGUACACACUGUUGGGACCGAGUACUAUUCUAUGUCUUAUAUCCGUUAUGCACAGAUCCUGCUGAUCGGAAUCGAGGACAACACUCAGUUCACGGUGAGGCUCUCCGACAACGAUCGUACAGGAACCCUGACCUGGGUGAACCCGGUCUCCAUCGACUACAACGGACAGAACUACGGCAACGGCGACACUCUCUCAGAAACUAUUAACAGGUACCAGACGUUCUUCAUCACGCAGUACGGUGACGACUACUCGGACCUGACGGGCUCCCACAUCGUGUCCACCAAACCCGUGGCCGCCAUCAGCGGAAACUUCAGAGGGAGGGUGCCCAUCGACUCGGCCCCUAGGAAAUCUACUGACCAUCUUACAGAAAUGAUCCUUCCCGUGGACACAUGGGGCAAAGACUUCAUCACCAUCAGCACUCCGGAGCGCACUAUCGGCGAUCUGUUCAGGGUCGUGGCCUCCGAGGAUAACACUCACGUGAACUUUGGCAACGGUGCCAUCACCUUCACGCUACAACUGGCUGGAGAUUUCAAAGAGGUGGAUAUCCCCACAGACACUCACUAUUACGUCACAAGUGACAAGCCCGUGUCUAUAGCAAUGGUGGGCAAAUCGUGGCAAGAUGACGGGCCCACUAUGGGUGACCCCUCUAUGUCUCUGCUCAUCCCCAUCCCUCAGUUCAUCUCUGAGAUCACGUGGAGCACAAUCUACUUGCCCCAAGGCGGCCCGUUCAACGACAAAAUCAACAUCAUCAUCAGGAAGAACAAAGAAAGCGGACUAUUACUGGACGACAAUCCCAUGUCAGUUUUGGUAUGUAACCCGACUGCCCCUGUGGCAGGCGAUGACGUGGACAACGACUGUGACGGCUAUGUGGACGAAGAGACCGAUAAUGGCGUGGUUAACGGAGGCUGGGGUACCUGGGCGUCAUGGGGCUCGUGCAGUGUGACGUGUGCAUCCGGCACCCAGACAAGGACCAGAGCCUGUAACAGACCCACACCUGUCAAUGGCGCCUACUGUCCGGGUGGUGACUCGGAGACGCAGACGUGCUCUCUGUCGGCCUGUCCCAUUGACGGCGGCUGGGGCACUUGGUCCGGCUGGGGGUCGUGCUCUGUGACCUGUGGCAUCGUGGGAACCAAGACAAGGUCAAGGUCAUGUGACCGUCCAACAAAACAGCACGGAGGAGCAGACUGUCCCGGCUCUGACCAGGACACAGGCAGCUGUGACAUGACACACAAUCCUUGCUCAGUUGACGGCGGUUGGGGCACCUGGGGCUCCUGGAGCUCCUGCAGUGUGACGUGUGCUUCCGGUAGCCAGACCAGGACGAGGGCUUGUGACCGCCCGGUGCCGUACAACGGGGCGCCGUGUUCCGGGGACGACCAGCAGACACAGACCUGUUCCCUCUCACCGUGUCCAGUCGAUGGAGGUUGGGGCACGUGGGACGCGUGGGGGACGUGCUCUCUCAGCUGUGGCGCCGUGGGGAACCGGGAGAGGAGCCGGACAUGUGACCGGCCGGUGGCGCAACAUGGCGGAGCCAACUGUGCCGGCUCUGGUCAGGAGACGGGCAACUGUGACAUGAGCCACAUCCUCUGUGUUGUGGACGGUAACUGGGGUUCUUGGGGAGCCUGGGCGACCUGUAGUGUGACGUGUGCAACAGGCAGCACCACCCGGGCCAGGGCAUGCGAUGACCCGGCCCCCCUGAAUGGUGGGAACUACUGUGUUGGGGACCAGGACGAGACGACGUCAUGUACACUUAGUCCGUGCCCAGUUGACGGCGGCUGGGGUACCUGGAGCGCUUAUGGCGCCUGCAGCGUCACGUGCGGGACUGGCAUAAAAACUAGGUCAAGGUUAUGUGACCGCCCUGCGCCUGCCCACCUGGGAGCAGACUGCCCAGGGAUAAACGCGGAGGACGACAACUGUACCUUGUCUCCGUGCCCAAUUGACGGCGGUUGGGGGACUUGGUCUGCCUGGAGCGCUUGCUCCGUCACUUGUGAGGGUACUGGAGACAUGGAGAGGGACCGAGCCUGUGACAGGCCGGCCGCUCAAUAUGGUGGAGCGGACUGUGCUGGGUCGAAUGUGGAGCACACACACACACACUCACACACACACGCACACACAUUGUCUCCCCCCUCUCCGUCCACUCUCGUCCUUCCCUAUUGCCUUUCUAUCUUUACCAUACAGUUUAUCUUUCUCAACAACACUUCGUCUCCUCAGGGUGGCUCCUGCCAGGACCUACGCGGUCUAUUUGACUGCAAGAACGGCGUCCAGUGCAUCAACAUCAUCGAGAAGUGUGACUGUAAGCCUCACUGCUCCGACUUCAGUGACGAGGAUCCAGAGUACGCCGGAUGUGUCAUGAGCUUACAGGAAUGCUACAACGUCGCAGGUCGCGUGUUGUCCCCUCAUCUCCUCCUUCUGUUGCUGGCUUCUGCAGUCACGAUGUUAUUCACAGUCUUAUCUAGUGUCAUCUGA